AAAGAUCCAAGAGAACCCAAUUCUCCACUCUUCCCUCAAUACCACUUUCGUCUCUUUCCCUUCGCCAAUUAUUGGACUCCCUCCGGCCCGGAUGGCCCAGAGAUCCCGGCCGACCAUCCGGAAGCUACCGGACCCGAUACACGCCUGCGACCGGCCAUUUUGGCCCGCCGACGUGUCCCCAAGCCCGCUGGAGCGCAACCCGCUGUCGCCGAAGGGGUGGAAGAAUCGGGAAUCGGAUGGCAUUGGGCUGGGCAUCGUGGCGGCCCUCGAGAAGGCCGGCGGGGAGGGUUCGAAGAAGCUCGUCGUGGGUGCGCCGAGUUUCCACGCGACGGCGCCGAUAGUGAUCAAUUCUCCGGGGACCGCCGGGAGAAGUAGAUGGUGUGUAGAUGUGUCCGAAUUGAGAUGCGGCGGAAGCUGCGCAACUACGACAAGUGGGUGUUGUUGUGGUGGGGGUAAAGGCGGUGAGGAUUUGAGAUGGAGGGAGCUGGGUCACUUUUGGGGGUCGACGAAGAGGGUUCCCGAAGAAGCGCCGGCGUUCCAGCUGGCUGACUUCCUGAGCUAUUGCUACUUGUGCCGGAAGAGGCUCCACGGCAAAGAUAUAUACAUGUACAGAGGGGAGAAGGCGUUUUGUAGCAUGGAGUGCCGGUACCGGCAAAUCGUAAGCGACGAGUACCAGGAGAAAUGUGGAUCAGAAGUUUCGAAGCCAUCUGAUCAUGUCUCGAGCUCACCAUACUCCAGUGGACAGCUCUUCUUUACAGGCAUCGUGGCAGCCUAGCACUUGAAUCCAUCAUGGAGUGUUGAGAGAGGUUGAUGAUUGAGAGAUAGGCAUAGGAGAGCAUAAGAAUUGGCGGCCGUACGUACGUGGUUCGUGCAAGGCGAUGUUAGCAUAAAAAGGAGGUGUAAUAGGAUCGGCAGAGCAAAAUUUUGGCAACAUGAGCUUUGACGUGUAAUCUGUGUUUGGGGUUGAAGAAAAUAAUAAUAUACCUUUUGAAAUUUUCUUCGUAAAAGAUUUGGGAAGAUCAUUUGCCACAAA